UGAAUAACUCUUAUCCUUCAUCAAAUCAAAACUGAUGAGUCAUCAAAACAUUCACCCCCCCCCCCUGCAAGAUUAUUUUCUUAACAACGCCGUUGGAUGACCCUGAGGAACGCCACGAGCCGAAACGCGUCGGUCUAAAUUGCUAUUGCUUCUUACUACACGUGUUGCUGGAGCAUUUUGACCUCUUCUAAGUCUUUCACUCUUCAUGCACCUUGUCAGUUGGUGAAGUUUGUGCCAGAAAAUCCUCUUUUUUCUCCUGAACAACGCCGUUAAAAUCAGUGACAGACACAAACACUCGAUGGAACAGAGCGCCUGCAGCAAACUCCUGCACACCGUCUAAAUUAGACAAAAACCUUGUGAUCUCCAGACUCUGUCGGCCUUCAUCAGUUCAGUCUGGCUCGGGACCUGCCAUGACCCGGCCUGCGCUCUGACUGGUUGAGAAUGGCUGCAGAGCUUUAUCCCACAAAGAAGCUGGUCUCCUCCACCUCAGCGAGCAGCACCACCUCCUCCUCCAUCCAGCAGUACCAGCAGCAGAACCUGACCAACAACAACACCAGCUUCGCUGCUCGGAGCUGCUGCAACUGGCAGGGCCUGUACCCCACCAUCCGAGAGAGGAAUUCAGUCAUGUUCAACAAUGAGACGAUGGCAGAUGUUCACUUUGUGGUCGGACCUCCGGGCGGGACGCAACGAGUCCCAGGACACAAGUACGUCCUGGCCGUCGGCAGCUCCGUGUUCCACGCCAUGUUUUAUGGAGAACUGGCCGAGGAUCAGGAGGAGAUCCGGAUCCCAGACGUGGAGCCUCCUUCGUUCCUGGCCAUGAUGAAGUACAUUUACUGUGAUGAGAUCGACCUGUGUGCCGACACCGUGCUCGCCACUCUCUACGCCGCCAAGAAGUACAUCGUGCCUCACCUGGCCCGAGCCUGCGUCAACUUCCUGGAGACGAGUCUGAGCGCCAAGAACGCGUGUGUGCUGCUGUCUCAGAGCUGCCUGUUCGAGGAGCCCGACCUGACGCAGCGCUGCUGGGAGGUGAUCGACGCUCAGGCUGAGCUCGCUCUGCGCUCUGAGGGAUUCUGCGACAUCGACGCCCAGACGCUGGAGAGCAUCCUGCGGCGGGAGACGCUCAACGCCAAAGAGAUGGUGGUGUUCGAGGCGGCGCUGAGCUGGGCCGAGGCGGAGUGUCAACGACAGGACCUGACGCCAACCAUCGAGAACAGGCGUCUGGUCCUGGGGAAGGCCAUCUACCUGAUCCGGAUCCCCACCAUGGUGCUGGAAGACUUCGCCAACGGAGCGGCGCAGUCCGGCGUGCUCACACUGAACGAGACCAACGACAUCUUCCUGUGGUACACCGCCGCCAACAAACCCGACCUGCUGUUCUGCACCAAACAGCGCAAAGGCCUCUCGCCGCAGCGCUGUCACCGCUUCCAGUCCUGCGCCUACCGGAGCAACCAGUGGCGGUACAGAGGACGCUGCGACAGCAUCCAGUUCGCCGUGGACAAGCGCGUCUUCAUUGCCGGCUUCGGCCUCUACGGCUCCAGCUGCGGGUCGGCCGAGUACAGCGCCAAGAUUGAGCUGAAGCGUCAGGGCGUGCCGAUGGCGCAGAGGAUGAUCAAGUACUUCUCAGACGGAUCCAGCAGCACCUUCCCCGUGUACUUCGACUACCCGGUGCAGAUCGAGCCCGACACCUUCUACACGGCGAGCGUGGUGCUCGACGGAAAUGAGCUCAGCUACUUUGGCCAGGAGGGCAUGACAGAGGUGCAGUGUGGGAAAGUGACCUUUCAGUUCCAGUGCUCGUCAGACAGCACCAACGGCACCGGAGUGCAGGGGGGGCAGAUCCCCGAACUGAUCUUCUACGCUUGA